AUAGACAAUAGAAUUUAAUCACUCAUUUGGUCAGAGCUGGUAGGCUACAACCAAGCUCCACACACACCGAGAGGGGAAAAGAGAGAAGGAGUGAGUUUAAAGGAGAAGAGAAAGAGGAAACUGUGUCUGUUGGAGAGGAAGCCUCACUCACACCUCCAGGAACAUAGUGAAGAGGGAAUUGCAAGACCAGAGACACAGCAACCUAGCCUGGGAGCAGGAGGACUGACCAGCCUACUGAACCACACAGGCAGAGAAUAUAACAGAGAAUAAAACCUGAGCGCUUGGGUUACAGAAGACCAGUGACAACAGUCCCUCUGAGCCAGUGGAUCCACAACAACAUUCUACCACCCUGAUCCAGACACUGAGGAACCAGAGACCCAGAGAUCCAGAGGAAGCCCCAACAGCACCCUCGCGCCUCCUUCCAGAGUAGAAUAUGUCCUGCCAGCCCAGCCAACCCUGCCGCUGAGCCGCUGGGGCACCAUGAUAUCCCACUACCCCCUGGCCAUCCUGCUGCCCUGGCCCCCCGGUCCCCACGGACACUGCUCCGACAUGGAGGCCUCUCUGCUGGAUGGGGAGGGAGGGGUGGCCCUGCAGAGGUACCAGGCUCGAUCACCAGAGAGCAGCCCCCGACACUGGAGCUCGGUGCAGGACUGGGGGGAGGAAGUGGAGGAGGGAGCAAUAUACAACGUGACACUGAAGAGGGUCCAGAUUCAGCAGGCUGCCAACAAGGGAGCAAGAUGGCUGGGGGCUGAGGGGGACCGGCUGCCCCCUGGCCACACAGUGAGCCAGCUGGAAACCUGUAAGAUCCGGAGUAUCCGUGCGGGAACGCUGGAACGGCUGGUGGAGACCCUGCUGACGGCGUUCGGGGACAAUGACCUCACUUACACCAGCAUCUUCCUGUCCACGUACCGCGCCUUCGCCAGCACACACACCGUGCUGCAGCUGCUGUUGGACAAAUAUGGAAUUCCAGAGGAUAGUGAAGGACAGAUGGAGCGAUGUAGACCCUCUGAAACCAAAGGAGCCGUUCGAACUGCCCUGGCCUCCAUCCUUCGAGUCUGGCUGGACCAGUGUCCAGAGGACUUCCAGGAGCCUCCAUCUUACCCCUGCCUCCACAGAGUCAUGGCCUAUCUACAGAGGGCCCUGCCUGGAUCGGAGCCCAUUCGUAGAGCCCAGAGUCUACUGGGGCAGCUACAAGCCGAGGCCAGUCUGGAUCCAGACUCCGAGGGUUUCUCUGGCGGUUUCCAUGGCAACAGCUCCUUCUGCCUGGGUGAGGAUGAGGAAGUGGAGAUCGAGGUCCAGGAAGACUUCCUGUCAUUUGAUGCAGAUUUGGUGGCCGAGCAGCUAACCUAUAUGGAUGCGUUGUUGUUCAAGAAGGUGGUUCCUCACCACUGUCUGGGUUCCAUCUGGUCCCAGAGGGAUAAGAAGCAAAACAAGCACAGUGCUUCCACCAUCCGUGCCACCAUCACCCAGUUCAACGCUGUGGCAGCAUGUGUGGUCAGCACCAUACUGCACCGACGCCAGAUCCGCCCGCACCUCAGGGCACGGGUCAUCCAGCGCUGGAUAGACGUCGCUCAGGAGUGUCGCAUGCGUAAGAACUUCUCCUCGUUGCACGCCAUCGUAUCUGCACUGCAGUCCAACCCACUCUACAGACUGAAGAGGGCCUGGUCCUGCGUGCACAAAGACGGCAUCUCUACGUUCGAGGAACUAUCAGACAUCUUCUCAGAUCACAACAACUACCUGACCAGCCGAGAGCUGCUGAUGAGGGAGGGCACCUCUAAGUUUGCCAAUCUGGAAGGCUGUGCUAAGGAGCACCAGAAACGCAUUCACAAACGACUCCAGCUGCAGAAAGAAAUGGGUGCCAUGCAGGGGACGAUACCUUACCUGGGCACCUUCCUGACAGACCUGACCAUGUUAGAUACUGCUCUACCAGACCUAGUAGAGGGUGGGCUCAUCAACUUUGAGAAGAGACGGAGGGAGUUUGAGGUGAUUGCUCAGAUCAAGCUGCUGCAGUCUGCGUGUAACAGCUACUGUCUGAGUGCUGACGCUGCCUUCCUGCGCUGGUUCAAGAGCCAGCCCCAGCACAGUGAGGAGGAGAGCUAUGCUAUGUCUUGUGACAUUGAAGGAGUGGGAGACAGCAGUCCUACUUCACCCAAACCCCGCAAGAGCAUGGUCAAGAGACUUAGCCUACUGUUUCUGGGUGUAGACUCCUCUGCAGCGAGUUCUCCGUUGAGGGAAACACCUCGGUCGCCCCCUACUGGCAGCUCUGGGGAGAGCAUGGACUCAGUUAGUGUGUCGUCUAGUGACUCCAGCCCUUCAGAAAGCGAUGGCAUGGCCAUGACCCCUAUACACACCUCCGACACUCAGCAGAACAAGUUGUCCGAGUCUUCUUCCUGUACUUCUCUCCACUCCAUGGAUACCACCUCAUCAUCAGCCAGUGUUCCAGUGACCCCAGCCUCUCCCUCUCUCCCCGGGCCACCCUGCAUGCACCGUCGCUCUGUCUCCCUGACACCCAUGUCCCCCUCCUCCCCCCUGCCCCCGGCCUACAACACCCAGGCCCAGGACGCCUGCAUCAUCAGAGUCAGCCUGGAGCAGGGCAAUGGCAACCUCUACAAGAGCAUCCUGUUGACGAGUCAGGAUAAGACUCCAGCAGUGAUUUCUAGAGCUGUGGCCAAACACAACCUGGAGAGUGAGCCUGGGGAGGGAUAUGAGCUGGUGCAGGUCAUCUCUGACGAGAGAGAGCUGGUGAUUCCAGACAACGCCAACGUCUUUUACGCCAUGAACACCUCAGCCAAUUUUGACUUCCUGCUUCGUGUGCGAGGCAAAGCGGGGAGGCCGGUCCAGCUGAGAAGUCGCUGCGCCUCCACACUCCCCCGCGCCCAGCAGCGCUCCAGCCUGUCUCUGCGCCUCAGCAAGGUCACACUGUGACUCCCAGGACAGUGACACAAGGACUGGAGGGACCACAGACUGGAGGGGGUGGGAGACUGAGACGGAAGCAUGGGGGAGUGAGUUGAAGUCAAUGAAGUCAAUGAGACUCUGAAUAUCCUAUUCCCAAAACCCCUGUCCCCCAAUCGGACCCCCACCUCUCAGUGCCCACAUACAUCCCCCAACUCCAGAAGCAGCCUGUGGCCUUCCAAUCCCUGUCCCUACCACCCCCCCAACCCCUAUGGACUAUUAUGGAUGUGUAGUGGGACUUCAGUGCCAUAUAGAAUAUAGAUGCCUUUGGCAGAGCGAGACAGUGCCCCCCUCCCCGCAACCUUCCGCUCUCCACAUGAAGAGGUUUUGCACAUGCAGGAGGAGUGACUCCUGCCCUCCAUCAGUAUUCAGCUUUUUUUAAUCAACUCUCUUCUUUCCUGUGAUGCCUGUUAUGUUUCCCAUUCAGAGGGAGAUGGGAAGGAGAGUGAGACUGCGAUGUCCAGUCCUGUUGCCUUUAUUAAUGAUGAUGAACUCCUGUGUCAGUAUUAAUCUGGGUGAUUGAUUGACAGGAGCUGUGUGAUGUCACUAUCUUUCUUCUUUGUUUCCUCCACCUCAUUGUGUGCACUGUGUGUAACACACCGGACUGCGCUUCUAAUAUUCUGAGCUGUGUGACGAAUACCAUUAUAGAGGCAUUCUGAUAGGUUCCUACUUGGUUUUAACAAGUCCUUUCCUUUUGAAAUUGCUUAGCUGUCCUAUCUCAUCUGUAGGGUGUAGUGACACAUAGGAUGGGUCUCUAUGUGAGGCCCGGAUUGAGUGGCCUGCCGCGCUGAUUAGCAGUCCUGAUAGAGAUGCACUUGUUGGUGGCUAGGUGACGUCAGGAGGUGGGAAAUGGGUGGAAUGCUCUUCUUCUUUUCACCUCUGCACAAAAUGAAGUAUAGUUUUGUUUUCCUCUGAUGUUUUUUACAGGGCAGAAGAAAAAAGUAUAUGUAUCAAACUUGGAGAGGGUUCCAAAGGACGAUGUUCUUAAAUGAUAUGUGAAUUCAGAUGGUCAGAAAGAAGACAGUGCCAGAUUUGCUGUGCUUCAUUUGGAAUCGUGACAGAGGGACAGACUCCCACUCCAGUGCUCAGUGGGUGCACAUUACAUUAAUGAGCACUGGGGCUUAUUCAGGAGGGUGCAGGGUUAAGGUCUAUCUGCUGAACACUCCGUCACUUAUCAUGUGCACUUGGGUGGAGUCAAAUUUUUUAGAGCAGCACCGUUUGGCAACAUGAUACCCUCGCCGGUCCAUGUGUUCCUAGACCCCCGAUUUAUAAACAUUCACAAGGCUCCAUUUGUGAAAAAACAAAGAAUCACAUUGAAAACUACCACUGUUGGCUAAUUUAAAAGAAAACUAACUGCAUUUUUGAAUAAUAGCUAAAUCUAAUGAAAGUUUUGGUUUGUUUUACAUUACCUCAUUUUGUGCCUGCCAGUUGGCUGUAGGCUAAAAAUAGCAAGCUAGCCUUUCCAUCUUCCCAAUUUAUAAUUAAAUAAAUGCCCUGGCAAAUAUUCUUAUACUUGCCAGUGUAACCUACAACAUUAUUCCAGUUUAAUCUGCUGCUUGAAUGUAUUCGCUCCCAUUUCAGCUAAAAAUAGAAUGUGGUCAUUUUUGCUCAUGGAGAAAAAGCACAUGGCUAGCAGCUGUUUUACCAUUUAGAAGUAGCCUAAAAUCAAGUAAUUACUUCGAAACAAACUGGUGCUUAUUUUUAGACCAAAUUGAUAGAUGUAGAGUUAAUUAUUUAGUGAAACCAGUGGUGUAGUGAAUGGUAAAUGUUUUGCUGGAAAAUUAAUUCAACGUAUAAGGAGCUUGACUUUUUUCACCGCAACCCCAUUUUUUUCUACCACUACAGUGUGUGAAACAGCUUUGUGCCAAAAGAGAGAGGAACAAAAUCACAUUUUUGGGGUUCAAUUUCAACCAAGUAAAUUUGGUGGUAAAAUACAGCCUCAUUAUCUACACAACAGUGCCCCCACCCUCACAAAGGAAUAAUAUGCUGCAUUUCAACGUUUUUGUGGAGAGAAUCGGCAUAGCAAGCGACUAGGUAGGCUUACGUACUACAAGGAGCCGCCCAUUUUGUGGUGAAAAAUGACAUUCAAGUACUGCGUUGCGCUCUGUUUGCGUAAACGUUCAGAUGGAAAUUGUCAUUCGGAAUAGGCAGUCAUGUCUGCUCUUACAACAGUCUCAACAUUACAGCCCCCUGUGCACCGAGCCUCAGCCAAUCACUCACUCCCAAUAGUUUGAGUCACAGACGAUCUGAAGAAAAGAAAUCACACCAGCCCACACUGACACUAACUCAGUUCCUCCUGUGCCCAGGCCCCUACACACACACACCUCCCACUUUAACAGAAAUGUUUACUGGCUCCCACACACUGCCUAACCAGCAUUAACACCACCACCCCAUCGGUCACACACACACACACACACACACACACACUGAAUGCUGUCCAUCCUGUGCCAUAAAUACCUAUUCUCUCCUUGCACACUGUGGUUAUGUUUAUAACACUCGUUCUCUAAUACUGACAUUCUGGUCAUCUCACUGAACGCAGUGUACUGAUCUGUUAUUGGUCAUACUAAAGGCUGGGCAAGGUUUACUCUGGUCGAUUUCCUCCUAUCUUGAUUCUCAUUCAGCACUUGUGAUUUUUCUCUCAUGAACUUUGUGUACUUCUUCACUGCCAAAGAAUUCUCUACCUAAAUAAAUUAUUAUCAUUACUAUGA